UACACUAAUAAAUUUUUCAAAAAUUUAAGAGAGUCGUAGUAUUUUCACGCGUUGAAUGAAAUCUACAAAAAAAAAAUCAGACCAUGUGUGACUUUAACUAGCUUUAGUGUCCACACAAAAUUAAUUUGCUCAGUUUAAUCAUUCCACUGAUUGCGACUUACGCUGUUGUUUGGUUAUACGUUUAGUAUCAGUGUGUAUUUGAUCAAAAAUGGACAGUGAAAAUAAAACGUAUAAGGCGUAUGAAAAUCGUCUCAAUGAAAAUUCAGGAUAUGAUGUUUGUGGAAUUUACUGUUCGACGUCUUAUGACCAGCAGCCUAGAAUUAAACUCUCUAAACACAAAGAGUUUGCCGAUUAUAACAUUCGUUUAAAGACUUUUGAAAACUGUCCAAAAAAAUUGGAAUCAAAAAUAUCAACACUUUGUGAUGCUGGAUUUUUAUACAUAGGUAAUGGACAAAAUGAUCAAAUGUUAUGUUAUUGUUGCAGUCAAGGUUUGAAAGAUUGGGAUGAGGAAGACGAUCCAUGGGUAGAACAUGUACGUUGGUCUCCUAGCUGUACACAUAUAUUGUUAUGUCAUUAAAUAUAUUCAAAAACCCGAUCCAGUGUCUUUUUAAAGUAUAUUUCUGUUUUCGUGUAUUGAACCAAAAAAAUGGAACAAUUAAAACAAAAAAUGAAUAAUCAAGCCAAAGGCAUGGAAUACAUUAAAAUGUCUGACCUGGUAGAGAAUCAUGUCUAUCGAAUGGUUUCAAUGAAAAAUUUGACAACGAAAAAUGGUGUUGUGGUGGUGGCACGAAUACCCGACAACCGACAAGUUUUUGUCCCCAGAAUACAGUUGACGGACGAUGAAAUUAAAACGUACAACG